AUGGAGAGGACAAUCAAGCAGGCAGAGGAAUUAUACGGUGACAUCAAGGAUGUCCGUGACGAGUUGAAUAUCCUCAAAUCGGUCGCACAAUACCAGGAAACUGUGCAAAUGAGAUUGAGAAACUGCCAGAAGAAGACUACCGAUCUUUCCGCGGCCUAUAUUGUGAACAACGUUAAAGAGCUGGAUGUUGUUGCCGACAGAAUACAAUCAGCGCAAAACGAAAUUGCAAACCGCCAAGCAACGCUAGCAGGCGAGCAAUCAAAGGUCCUUAUGGUCUUCACUUUUGCGACCUUGCUCUUCACGCCUAACUGGGCAUUCUUUGUAAUAUGGCUCGUUGCCUUCUUCUGGGAGAAGAUCGAAGAGUCUGUCAUUGCCGUCAAAGAGUCUACCAUGGUUUCUGUCCUCAGAGCACUUGUCUGCUUCUUCUGGGGGAACAUCAAAGAGUACGGGAAAAAGCACGCCUAUAUGACGCAUGACUUGAGCAGCCGUCUGUGGCGGCAAGACAACGGGCAGCGGGAAACGGACGACCUGCGAGAGGCGAGCAACUUUGACGACUGGGAGCUGCUGAAGGUGAAGUCUCCGUAG